CCCCCUCCCCCUCUUUCAUUUUUAACUCUUCCUCUUCCGUCGUUUUCCUGUCACGGUUGACCCAAACUUUUCAUAUCGAACUUAAGAUACACACUCAAGAUACAUCUCUACAUACACGCACUCACUCACACAAACAAAGGCGAAAUUACAUCUGGGCUCAAGAUGGUGUCCGUGCUCCAGUUGGGUAUUUUUUUGACCAUAUCCAUUUGCAUGGUUGGUUCUACCAAAACAAACAAUACUACGUACUAUUUGUUCUAUGCACCAAGACGCUUCGGUAUUGAUGAUGGACUCAACAUCACUGUCGUAUUGUUCGGAAAGGUUGAAACUACCACAAAAGUUGUUAUUAAACUCAAAGAUGGGGACAAAGAUCUUAAAAUAACAUCUCAAGAUAUUCCUGCUGACAAAAGGAUAGCAUUCUUCAAGAUGAAUACUGGAGAUCUUGAAAUAAAACACUACACGUUAGACCUCAAUCUUGGUGGCAAAUUGAAAGUCUUCUGUGGUUAUGGGUCUGCAACAAGCAUCCUGACUGCCAAAAACAUACACAAGCCAGGAGACACAGGUAACACACCAUACAUCUCUAUAUCUCCCCAUCCAUCUUCAACCACUAUUUCUGGGAGGUUAUUUUCACCAAUGGGAUUAAUGGAGAAUCUUGCCUCUCACAAUAUAGAAACUUUUCUUGUAGCACCACAGCUCGGCCAUCUCUCCCCAGUUCUUAUCUUAAUCAUUGAAAUCCAGAAAUACAACAACACGAGGGAUAACGGUAACAACGGAUCAAUAAUUUAUUCUAGGUUGGUGUAGAGCCGUUUCGUUCCU